CACCAAAAAAAUCAGAGCUUCCAUCAUCUUACACGGCUGUUUCACCUACAUCAGAUGUUUGCUCUGAUAAAAUCGUUCAAGAACCAAAGCAUUUAGUGUCUCAAAGUGCUAUUUACAAAAAAAACAAGCUUCCAUCAUCAUCUACUGCUGUUUCACCUACGUCAAAAUACGCAGAUGUGUCAAUAUCAGCACCUAUUGAUGCUCGUCAUGAUAAAACCGAUUCAAAUGCAGGGCCUAUAACACCAAUCAACAUGGAACCUAUUUAUAAUCCAACUACAUUUAACUGCAAGCCAUCGCACGCACGAUUCUUCAUAAUCAAAUCUUAUAAAGAGGAUAUUAUUUAUAAAUCAAUAAAAGAUGGAACUUGGGGCAGCACAGAAAUGGGUAAUCGUCGCUUGGAUAAAGCAUUUCGUGAUAACGCAGAAAAAGGCCCAAUUUAUUUGUUUUUUAGUGCCAACUCUAACGGAUAUUACGGCGGUAUGGCAGAGAUGCUUACUCCAGUGGAUUAUACAACAUAUUUUAGUGCUUGGACGCAAGAUAGAUGGAAGGGAGUAUUUAAAGUUAAAUGGAUUUUCGUUAAAGAUAUUCCUAAUAAGAAAGUAAGCCAUAUUAGAUUGUCAAACAACGAGUAUAAACCUGUCACAAAUAGUCGGGAUACUCAGGAACUGUUUCCUGAAGCUGGACGCGAAAUGUUAAAAAUAUUUUUCAAUUAUCGUAGCAAAACAUCAAUACUUGAUGAUUCUGAAUAUUAUGAAGCCGAAAUGAAAAAGGAAGAGAUAGUACCAACAAGUUCUGAGAUAAUGGUUUUAGAUACCUAUGAAUCCUGGUCUGAUAUUCAUUGUGGCGAUUUACACGACUAA